AUGGCGGCAUUGACAGGUUGUCACUUCCCACGCCGCCAGAUCUCACCGGGGAACAGCAACGGGAGGUCGCUGACGACGGUGGUACGUCCCGGCGUCGGCCAUGGGAGGUCCGUGGUUAGCGUCCGGCGGCGCCCAGUUCGUUCAUCUCUGCAGUUGGACGUGGAGAAGUCGACAGUCCCGUUGGCUCCAUCAGAUCGAUCUCCUUCCGAGGAGAGAUUUGGAUUCGAUGCGGCGUCCGAGGCGGAACUGAAGGGGAAGGGGCUUACGGGACUCAGGAGGACGAAGCUGGUGUGCACGAUUGGCCCGGCGUGCUGCUCCCCCGAGCAGCUGGAGAGGCUGGCCGCGGGAGGGAUGAAUGUAGCGAGGCUGAACAUGUGCCAUAAUAGUCGGGAGUGGCACAGAAGCGUGAUUAGGGCCGUGAAGAAGCUGAACAGGGAGAAGAGGUUCUGUGUUUCGGUCAUGAUCGACACGGAGGGAAGCCAGGUGCAUAUGGUCGACCACGGCGCCGCCUCCUCCAUCAAAGCCGAGGUUUCCCUCCCCCCUUCCCUCUUGUUUCACUCCUGGAUAACCUUACUAUAACAUGAUGCGAAUGCGUGAGAUUCUGUCUUCCAUUAGCCAUUGACGCAUGAGAAUCUCGUCAGAGAUCUACCAUCAUCGUUAGAUUUUGGAGCGAAACAGGGGUAACGACUUGUAGUUUCUUUCUCUGACUGUUCUUCUUGUCUGUUGAAUACUUCGUUUAAUGUUUACCUGGUGAUACCUUGAUCGCCUCUUUCCCUCGGAUCUUAUUAUCCUUCGAUUACACAGGAAGGCUCCAUGUGGCUUUUCACCACCCAGAACUUCGAGGGCACUCGUCCAUUCACUGUUAAGGCAAACCACGAGGGUUUCUCCGAAGGUAUUGAAAUAUCUUGAUCGACAAGGUCGCUUUUAUGAUAUCUUGGGAUUUAUUCUGUAAUAUUGUAUCGGUGUUGAUUGCUUCCAGGUAUCAUGGUUGGUGAUGAGCUGGUUGUUGAGGGUGGGAUGGCGAGUUUUGAAGUUGUUGAGCGGAUUGAGGACGAUUUGCGCUGCAGAUGCACUGAUUCGGGUCUGCUCCUGCCCCAUGCGAAGCUGUCCUUCUGGAGGGCUGGAAAACUGGUCGACAGGAGCGUGGGGCUGCCCACUCUCUCAUCAAAGGUCUCUUUCCGCGUUUACAUGGUUGAUUAUAUUUUCCAUUGAUUAGAUCUUAACCUGUGUAGGCGUUUAUUUUAUCUAUGUAAUCGAUUUCUUGCCUCAAAUUUAGAUAAAAGAUAAAGAAUAUGAACAUUAUAAAAUUUGAAUUAUGCUUAAGUUGAUGAUCCCCUCAUUUUUUUAUGAUUUUACAUGCAAAUGAAGAGGUAACGGGUUAUUAUGAGCUAUUUUUCUUACAUAUCCUUACGUUUCUUUACUCCAAUGUAAUGUUUAAUCGGAUUUUGAAUGAAUGCAAGUUGAGCUUGAUGCCGCUGUUUAUAAUAUUUGGUUAGGAACGUUCACCAUUGAUGAUCACUUGUAUGGCACCAGGUGAGACUAAAUUAUUCCUUGUUAUCGAUAUGAAUAUCAGAGGAUUAAAUUAUUCUUGAAACUUCUCGUUGAAGUACUCCAGCUAUGCUCUUCAUAUCAGGGAUCAUAACGACAUGCUAUAAGGGGGAAAGUUGGUUCUAGCUGAACCUGGUGAACAAUAGUAGUUUAGUAUCAAUAGCGGCUGUUGCUGUUUAUUCCUUGUUUUGACUUUUCUCAUUGUGGUUUGAUUUGCUAUUAGGCUGUUGUAAAUGGCAUCGCCCUUGAUUGAAGUGAGUUGACUCUGCCCACUCUGGAUGCUGAUGUGCGAUGGAAUUUUUGCUAUAGAUUUCUUCACACUGGAAUUUGCCUUGGAUGUCUUGUAGGACUGGGUUGACAUUGACUUCGGAAUAUCAGAAGGAGUUGACUUUAUUGCUGUGUCAUAUGCCAAAAAUUCUGAGGACAUCAAGGCUCUGAAGACCCAUCUUUCUACGCGAUCGGCGGAGUAAGUGAUCAUUUGUAUAUUCCGUCCAUAAAAAAAAAAUCGUUUUACAAAAUAGGUAUAAAUUCUAUUUUUACAAAUUUAUCAUACUUUUUGGUGAUGUGAAAGGUUUUGUGUGUGUGUGUGAGAGAGAGAGCUCGUAGUAAUUCUUAGCUCAACGAUUGUAGUUAACUGGGAAAAUAAAGUGAAAUACAUAUGGACGUCGUAUCUGGAAAUUAAGAUGAAUUUCUGUUCUUUUUGGAUCAAUUUGGUGCAAAUCUGAUCAGCCCAAUUCAUAUCCCAUCUGAUGUGAAUCUGAUCCUACUGUUUUUAAUCUCAACGUUUUCUUGGUCCACAUUUUACUCAUCCUGGCAUCUAUAAAAUUCUAUGUUACAGAUCCAUCAGGGUGUUGGCAAAGAUCGAGCGCUUGGAAUCUCUUGAAAACUUGGAAGAGAUUGUCGAAGCUUCCGACGGAAUCAUGGUGGCGCGCGGAGAUCUCGGGGUACAAAUCCCCCUCGACCAGAUUCCGGCCAUCCAGAAGCAGGUGACAAGCAUAUGCAGGCAGCUGAACAAGCCGGUGAUCAUAGCCUCUCAGCUCCUAGAAUCUAUGAUUGAAUACCCCACUCCGACCCGCGCUGAGGUACCCUUUUCCAUCAGGAGCUCAAGAUCAGCGUCCUUUCGAUGCCUUCUUUUUAUUAUACAUUGAUCACGGAAGAAAGGAUCUCUUCUGCGUGUUCGUUCUCCCUUUGAAAAGUCUCGAUCUCUCCUUCGAUUAGGUCGCCGAUGUUUCUGAGGCGGUUCGGCAGCAGGCAGACGCAUUGAUGCUGUCCGGUGAGUCUGCCGUCGGAUUAUACGCCGAGAAGGCCCUCUCCGUCUUGAGCACCGCCAGUCUCUGCAUAGAGGCUUGGGCCCGAGAAGAUGGCCUUCGCAACCUUCCUCCCCUUCCUCGGCUCACAAGCUACUUGUCUGAUAGCAUCGCCGAGGAGAUCUGCAACUCCGCAGUAGAGAUGGGUGAACACUUCAUCUCUCUCUUAUUAGAUCAAGAAGGGAGGGUUGAAUUGAUCUUAUCGUAAUUUUAAGGAUAUAUUUCUUGGUUUAAUAUUGUCGGGUCACAGGGAACAACCUCGGUGUUGCCGCCAUCUUUGUCUUCACCAAACACGGCCACAUGGCGGCACUUUUGUCUCGGAACCGCCCAGGGCCGCCUAUCUUCGCCUUCACAGACGAUGCUAACACGGGGAUGGGGUUGAAUCUCCACUGGGGAGUCACCCCCAUCGUCGGCAAUCUGUUCGAGGACAUGGAGAGGAACGUGAAGGAGUCGAUCAGGUUCAUGGCGGCGAUCGCGGCAGUUAAGCUGGGGGAUGUCGUCCUGGUGGUCUCCGACCUCUCCUCGGUCUCCCCCGCCACUUCGGCCUUCACCCAAUCGAUCCAAGUGAGGACCGUCGGUCAGUAA